GCUGGCUGGUACCGAACUAGUGUUUUACCAUAUCCUCAUUUGCUUCGUCAGGUUUCCGGUGACAACACGAACUCACUAUUGUUGUUUAUUUGAAGAAAAAAAGAAGUGUCGUUAAUCCAAAAGUGAUACAGUGACUGUGAUAGUGAAAAUAUGACUUUCCUAAAUUAAGAAUUAUCUCGAAUGGCGAGACCAAGACCUUAUGGUUUUAGGGCUUUAGAUGAGGAGAGUGAUGACAAUUCGGAGUUGACUCCGUUGCACGAUGAUAAUGAUGACCUAGGACAAAGAACAGCUCAAGAGGCAAAAGGAUGGAAUCUGUUUCGAGAGAUUCCUGUGAAGAAGGAGAGUGGGUCUAUGGCCUCCACUGCCGGAAUAGACUUCAGUGUAAAGAUCCUUAAAGUCCUGGCGUAUAUUUUUAUAUUUGGCAUAGUGCUCGGAUCUGCGGUUGUGUCUAAGGGCACUCUGCUUUUUAUCACAUCACAACUGAAAAAGGGCAAAGCAAUCAUUCAUUGUAAUAGACAGUUAGAACUGGACAAGCAGUUUAUAACGAUCCAUUCGUUGGAAGAACGUGUGACGUGGCUAUGGGCAGCCUUCAUAGCAUUCAGUAUUCCAGAAGUUGGCGUUUUCUUGAGAUCAGUCAGAAUAUGCUUCUUCAAAACAGCACCGAAGCCUUCUGUUUUACAGUUUUUGACGGCCUUCGUAGUAGACACCCUUCAUACAAUAGGUAUUGGAUUACUGGUGCUCUUCAUCUUACCAGAAUUAGACGUGGUUAAAGGAACAAUGCUAAUGAAUGCUAUGUGCUUCAUGCCUGGAAUACUAAACGCUGUGACCAGAGACCGUACGGACUCUCGAUACAUGUUGAAAAUGGCACUAGAUGUACUGGCUAUCUCCGCUCAAGCCACCGCGUUCGUCGUCUGGCCUCUGCUAAAAGGCGUUAGUAUGCUCUGGACGAUUCCUGUCGCAUGCAUCUUCAUCUCACUCGGAUGGUGGGAAAAUUUCGUCGGUGAUAUCGGAAAACAAUGGCCAGUCCUGGAACCUGUACAAGAACUUCGUGACAAUUUAAAGAAGACUCGUUACUACACACAGAGGGUGUUGUCUUUGUGGAAGAUAUUCAUAUUCAUGUGUUGCAUCCUGAUAUCUUUGGCGGCACAAGAUGACAGCCCGCUUUCUUUCUUCACGGAGUUUGCUACUGGAUUUGGUGAGCGCUUCUACAAAGUUCAUGAGGUUCGAGCGAUACAGGACGAAUUUGAAGGUUUUCUGGGCUACAAAAUUAUGGACUUAUACUUCGAUCAAAUGCCAGCGGCAUGGGCCACCCCACUGUGGGUGGUGCUGAUCCAGGUCCUGGCUUCUUUAGUCUGUUUUAUGGCAAGUUUGUCUGCCUGCAAGAUUCUGAUACAAAACUUCAGCUUUACAUUUGCGUUGAGUCUCGUUGGACCUGUCACCAUCAACUUGCUGAUUUGGCUUUGCGGCGAGAGGAACGCAGAUCCCUGCGCAUAUAGUAAUACGAUACCAGAUUAUCUGUUCUUCGACAUACCACCUGUGUAUUUCCUGAAGGAGUUUGUGGUGAAAGAGAUGUCGUGGAUUUGGUUGCUGUGGCUGGUGUCGCAGGCGUGGGUGACGGCCCACAACUGGCGCUCCCGGGCCGAGCGUCUCGCCGCCAGCGACAAACUCUUCAACAGGCCGUGGUACUGCAGCCCCGUCCUCGACGUAUCCAUGCUGUUGAACAGAACCAAGAAUGAAGAAGCGGAAAUAACGAUAGAGGAUCUAAAAGAAACGGAGAGUGAGGGUGGGUCUAUGAUGAGCGGAUUCGAAGCUAAGAAAGACAUAAAGCCUUCUGACAACAUUACGAGGAUAUAUGUCUGCGCUACGAUGUGGCACGAAACGAAAGAAGAAAUGAUGGACUUCUUGAAGUCUAUCCUGCGUUUCGAUGAGGACCAAAGCGCGCGUCGUGUCGCACAGAAGUACUUGGGCAUUGUAGAUCCUGAUUACUAUGAACUCGAAGUACACAUCUUCAUGGACGAUGCUUUCGAAGUGUCGGACCACAGCGCGGACGACUCGAAAGUGAAUCCCUUCGUGACGUGUCUCGUGGAGACCGUCGACGAGGCUGCUUCAGAGGUCCAUCUCACCAACGUGAGGUUGAGGCCACCGAAGAAAUUCCCUACACCGUACGGCGGCCGACUGGUCUGGACUCUCCCAGGAAAGAACAAAAUGAUAUGCCACCUCAAAGACAAGUCCAAAAUACGACACAGGAAAAGAUGGUCUCAAGUGAUGUACAUGUACUACCUACUGGGCCACCGCCUGAUGGACGUGCCGAUCUCAGUGGACCGCAAGGAAGUCAUCGCAGGGAACACCUACUUACUGGCUUUGGACGGCGACAUUGACUUCAAACCGACAGCAGUCACGUUACUAAUCGAUUUGAUGAAGAAGGAUAAGAAUUUAGGAGCAGCGUGCGGACGCAUCCAUCCUGUGGGCUCAGGCUUCAUGGCAUGGUAUCAAAUGUUCGAGUACGCUAUUGGUCAUUGGCUGCAAAAGGCGACUGAACACAUGAUUGGCUGUGUACUCUGUAGCCCUGGAUGCUUCUCCCUCUUCAGAGGAAAGGCUUUGAUGGACGACAACGUUAUGAAGAAAUAUACUUUGACUUCCCACGAGGCACGACAUUAUGUGCAAUACGAUCAAGGCGAGGACCGUUGGCUAUGCACUUUGCUGCUGCAGCGCGGGUACCGCGUGGAGUACAGCGCGGCGUCGGACGCGUACACGCACUGCCCCGAGCACUUCGACGAGUUCUUCAACCAGCGCCGCCGCUGGGUGCCCUCCACGCUCGCCAACAUCUUCGACCUGCUCGCCAGCGCCAAGCUCACCGUCAAGUCCAACGACAACAUCUCCACUCUCUAUAUAGUCUAUCAGUUCAUGUUGAUAGUGGGUACGGUGUUGGGUCCCGGUACGAUCUUCCUGAUGAUGGUGGGAGCCAUGAACGCCAUCAUUCAGAUCAGCAACGCGUACGCGAUGAUGUUGAACCUCGUGCCACUCGUCAUCUUCCUUAUAGUCUGUAUGACUUGUCAGUCAAAGACACAGCUCUUCCUCGCUAACCUCAUAACAUGCGCAUACGCAAUGGUGAUGAUGAUCGUGAUAGUGGGGAUAGUUCUGCAGAUAGUGGAGGAUGGAUGGCUGGCUCCGUCCAGUAUGUUCACAGCUUUAAUAUUUGGUACAUUCUUCGUCACCGCGGCGCUACACCCGCAAGAGAUCAAAUGUUUGCUGUUCAUAGCUGUGUACUAUGUAACCAUCCCUAGUAUGUACAUGUUGUUGAUCAUAUACUCCAUAUGUAAUCUCAACAACGUAUCCUGGGGUACCAGGGAGACGCCGCAGAAGAAAACUGCUAAGGAAAUGGAAAUGGAACAGAAGGAAGCAGAAGAAGCGAAGAAGAAAAUGGAGAGUCAGGGUUUGAAGAAGUUGUUUGGCAAGGGAGAAGAGAAGAGUGGUUCGUUAGAGUUCAGUGUGGCGGGCCUGUUCCGAUGUAUGUGCUGCACCAAUCCAGAGGAUCACAAGGACGAUCUCAACAUGAUGCAGAUCUCACACGCGUUGGAGAAGAUAAAUAAGAGAUUGGAUCAACUCGAUGUCCCACCUGAGCCGACCCACCAGCCCUCGCACCCACACACACACGUGGAGACGGUCGGUGUUCGUGAUUACGAAGACAGCGAGAUUUCCACUGAAAUUCCUAAGGAAGAACGAGACGACCUGAUAAACCCCUACUGGAUCGAGGACGUGGAACUCCAGAAGGGCGAGGUAGACUUCCUCACGACCGCUGAGACCAACUUCUGGAAGGAUGUCAUCGAUGAAUACUUACUGCCUAUUGACGAGGACAAGCGUGAAAUUGAACGUAUAAGAAAAGAUUUGAAGAACUUGCGAGAUAAGAUGGUGUUUGCGUUCGUGAUGUUGAACUCUCUGUUCGUGCUCGUCAUCUUCCUGCUGCAGCUCAGCCAGGACCAGCUGCACUUCAAGUGGCCAUUCGGACAGAAGUCCAGCAUGGAGUACGACAAUGAUAUGAAUAUGUUCAUCAUAACCCAAGACUACUUAACGCUGGAACCUAUCGGUUUCGUGUUCCUCCUGUUCUUCGGCUCCAUCAUCAUGAUCCAGUUCACCGCCAUGUUGUUCCAUCGCCUGGACACGCUGGCCCAUCUGCUGUCCACCACCAAACUGGAUUGGUAUUUCAGUAAGAAGCCGGACGACCUAUCAGACGAUGCGCUAAUAGACUCUUUGGCGUUGACAAUAGCGAAGGAUCUUCAACGUCUGAACACCGACGACUUGGAUAAACGAAAUAACAACGAACACGUGUCCAGGAGGAAGACCAUAUACAACUUGGAGAAAGGGAAGGAAACCAAACCGGCUGUUAUCAACCUCGAUGCCAACGCCAAGAGGAGAUUGACUAUCCUGCAGAAUGGAGACUCCGAAUUGAUCUCCCGCCUGCCAUCUCUGGGACCUAACUUGGCAACUCGUCGUGCCACGGUGCGUGCAAUAAACACUCGACGUGAAUCUGUCAUGGCGGAGCGACGCAGGUCUCAGUUCCAAGCGCGACCUUCCGGGGGAUCAUACAUGUAUAAUAACCCUCAAAACACGGGAGAUGUAUUGACACCACAAAGACCGACCCAACGACUCAGUACAUAUCACUUUGACGGCCUCGUGGGUGCUUCCACACAUUAUCCCAAUACCCAAUCUUACGCGUGAAAAGUGAAUCUCGAUUGUUAAUACUACGCAUAAGAUUCAGCUGGACGAUAUGGUCGGUGGGCCGUCGACGUCGGGGGUGUACGUGAACCGAGGGUACGAGCCCGCCCUGGACAGUGACAUCGAGGACACGCCCGUGCCCACCAGACGAUCCGUUGUACACUUCACCGACCAUUUCGCGUGAUAACCACAAAAAUCUGACUAACAUCUCCAUAUUACAUUUUCUACUCUGUUACGAAACGAUAAAGUUUAAA